AUUUUGUCAAGCUUAUUAAUUACUAUGUGACUACAGUAUAUUUUUAAAAAUAUUUAUAAUAAAUAAAAUAAAACAUUUGCUAAAAGUAAACAUGACCAUGAUCAAUGAAAAAGAAAACUUAGGGUCAACUGAAAAAAGUCAACUUUCUAUGGAUUAUGACCCGGAUAAUGAUCCUAGAAAUUUAAGUUUUAAACACAAAGUUAUCUAUACACUCAUUCAUAAUUACAUUCAUUUACUGUUUGGACUCACAUUAUCAAGUAUGGCGCCGGCAUUUGUCGACUACCGGGCCAUAUUGAACACCGACAUGGAGUGGAUCGGACUGUUUCCCAUGUUUCAAGCUAUUGGCAUUUUCACCGGAUCAUUUAUAACUGGCUCAUACAACUACCUGAACCGUCAGGUAACCCUGUCCAUACUAAUAAUAUUGCAGGGGUUCGGCACCAUAUUCCAGCCGUGGGCCACCGAGCUAUGGCACUUGUAUGUCUGUAUAUUCGUGUAUGGGUUCGGCAUAGGGGCCUGGAAUGGGGCCAAUAAUGUCAUACUCAUAGAAAUGUGGCAAAAUAGGAGUCCCUCUAUACUACAGUUCUCGCAGUUUAUAUACGGUGUGGGAACCAUAUUAGGCCCCCUAUUGGACAAGAAUUAUGUGCUAGGUGAGCAAAUAUGUCCUGACGUAUACGAGGAGAAUUGUAUUGAGCCUACGACUACAUUGGGCACCGGUAGCCCGUUAAACUGGACCAAUCCAUGUACGGACGAGUGUAGGGCUUACGACCGGAGGCCGAGGCUUAAGAUUCCGCUACUGAUUGGCGGGUGUCUGCAAAUGAUUGGUCCACUGAUGAUGCUGCUCAUGUACUGUACCAAGAAAUACCACUUUAACCAUGAUAGUAAAAUUGAAGUAGCCAUCACACCUGAGCAAAAGGCCCGACACAAACAGUACGUGCCCUCCAAGACCAUCAUAGUAUGCAUAUCCAUAUUCCUGGCGUUUGGCAUAAUGUCGGAAAACAUGUACAUGGACUUCGCGCCUACAUUUUAUCAAUUUUGCCCUGCUAAACUGUCCGCCUCCCAGGCCUCCGAGCUCUUUUCAAUCAUAGGCAUAGCCCUUACGACAGGUAGGGGUCUCAGUGUAUUCGUGGCCAUGUAUCUCAAGCCCCAUCACAUGAUCGCCUACCAGUCCGCUAUCGUGUUUGCGGGCUACAUAUUCCAGUAUUUCGGUCAGGGUGACUAUAAUUUGUUGUUAGCCAGCUCGAUUGUCAUAUGCUUUGGCUACAGUUCCAUAUUUAUAUGCCUGUUCUCGUUCGUGGGUCAGUACAUGGAGGUGACCGAUAGGAUAGGGGGUCUGUUCAUAGGGUCCUAUAACGCGGUGUAUAUGUUUUUGCCUUAUUUUAUAGGCAAGUACGUGGAGGAGGUGCCGGAUAGUUUUGUGUACUUAGAGUUUGCCAGUCUGUGUGUGGCUAUCGUGUCGUUUGUUUAUGUUUUGUGGGCCGUUAGGAAUGUGCCCCAAGAUUUGAUUAGGAAGUUGGGACCGGUAGCUGGACAUUGA